UCAUGGGCAUAGAAACUUUAGAAAGUUAUUAGAAACGAAACGAGGAGAGAGACCGGCCACCAGUACAGUCUACAGAGUCAGUGAAGAAGAUAUCCCUUUCUCUUUCUUUCAUUUAUUUUCUUCACUUGACAGAUUAAUUAUUAAGAACCUACGGGGAAGAGACUAGCCUCUGCAUAAUGCAUAUUUCACCGCUAGCCAUGACCAUUCUUCUUCUUUCUCUAUUUUGUUUCUCUGCACUUUUGUCACCCCUCCGAGCACUCACCCUGCCCUCCGAUACCUCUGCACUCAAAGCAUUCAAGAACGCAAUCAAGCCAGCCACCAUUUCUCCCUGGUCAUGUCUCGCUUCCUGGAAUUUCUCCAUCGACCCUUGCUCUCUCCCUCGCCGCUCCUACUUCAUCUGUGGCAUCACCUGCAAUUCCGACAACACCCGAGUCACAGCACUCGUCCUCGACCCUGCUGGUUACUCUGGCACUCUCUCUCCUCAACUCUCCACCCUCACCCAGUUAAUCCACCUUGACAUCUCCGACAAUUCCUUCUACGGUCCAAUUCCCUCUUCCCUCUCUUCUCUCACCAAACUACAGACCUUGAGCUUGAGUUCCAACUCAUUCUCUGGCCCCUUCCCUCCCUCAUUAACCCGUCUCACAUCUCUCAAUUCCUUAGAUAUCUCCCACAACGCCCUCGCGAGGACCCUCCCCCAAACCAUGAGUUCCCUCUCCAACGUGAGAACCAUCGAUCUCAGCUUCAACAAGCUCACUGGUUCUCUACCCAAACUACCACCCAAUCUAGUGGAGCUGGCUAUUAGGGCCAAUUUUUUAUCCGGGUCUCUUUUGCAAUCCUCGUUCCAAGGGUCAAGCCAGUUAGAGGUGGUCGAACUCGGUGCUAACAUGUUUAGUGGAGUACUUAAUAGUUGGUUUUUCUUACUGCCGUCCCUGCAACAGGUGGAUCUGUCUAACAACAGUUUCACACGCCUCGAGAUUUGGAAGCCUUCCAACAAGGAUAGCAACCUGGUGGCCGUCGAUUUGGGGUUCAAUAGCCUCGAAGGGUACUUGCCCGUAAACUUUGCUAGUUUUCCUCUGCUGUCAUCUCUCUCGCUUCGGCAUAAUAGGUUUCGUGGGCCGAUCCCUCUGGAGUAUGGUAAGAAGCUGUCGCUGAGAAGGUUGUUUCUCGACGGUAAUUUCCUUAACGGAAAGGUGCCCGAUAGGUUCUUCUCCGGUGCCGGUGGGUCUACACUGUCGGGUAGUUUUGGAGAUAACUGUCUGGAAAGUUGUCCGAACUCGUCUCAGCUAUGCUUGCCUUUACAGAAAUCUCCUUCAAUGUGCCGUCAAGCGUACGGUGGAAAACCAAGGUCUGUUAGUUCGUGGUUUUAGGAGUAAAUACUUUCCUUUUUGCCUUUGCUUUUUCUUUUUCUAAAUUUUAAUGCUUAAAUGUAAGAUUAUAUGGUUAAUAACGAUAUUAAUGAUGUUAAUAGCCUGUUUUACUCA